AUGACAGUGACAACGAACAUCUUACCAAUCCCAGGCAUGGCUGCAUCUCAGCGUAUUGUCUUCUUCGGCGGACAAGGAAGUAGAGCCAUUUUCUCUUCCAAGACCUCCGCUGAGUUGAACCAGUCGAUUCAGCAGUCCUCGUCCGUCGAAUCGCUGUUUAAAGCUUGCCAUGCGGCCUUUCUUGGUGAGAUAGAAGCCACAAAGAACUAUAACACGGGGCCUUCGUGGGCCAACUUGGAUGAUUUCCAGUCACCCGACCUCUUGAUCAGCGUUCCCCAGGAACAUUGGCAGAACCCGAUCGUCCAAGGCGUUGCACUUUGCCUCCAACAGCUGGCCACCUAUCUGCAGCAAAGCCCGAGCCUAGACCACGUCCAGUCUCCUCCCUUGGGGGUGAUCGGCUUUUGCUCUGGGGUAUUGCCCGCGCUGGUUCUAGCCUCCAGUCGAUCAAUCAGUGACUACAUUGAACACAGCAGACAGGCAAUUCGCCUGGCAUAUUGGAUAGGAUACCGAGCCGGCGAGCUCAGUAGAAGUAUAUCCAACACGGAAGGGGCUUGGGGACUGUCCGGAACAACCACACCCAACAACGAAAUCCGCCUUUCCAAUCGAUUUGGUAGGUCCGCGAUCACUGUGGUCGGCCCUUGGGGCAUACUAGACCGAUUUCGUGCCCAGUGUCUGACGGGACGUGCCAUCUGCGACCCUGUCCAUGUUCAUGCCCUCUACCAUGGAGGGGAUCUGGGAUGUAUUUCCCGAGACAAGGUUCUGCUUGAUGUCGAACGGCGGGAAAUAUCCUUUCCGUCUGUUGCUGAUCUCGCCUUUCCGAUCUGGUCGCCACAGCUGGCCAAGUUUAUCGACUCUGAAACAAGCUUAAAUACAUCCUUACUGCAGAUUACUUUGGACAGCAUCCUCGUUGAAAGAGAUGACUUAUACAUGACGUGGAUAAAUCUGUCCCAAUUGAUGACAGACGCUGGCCAUGACCGGGAGAUUAUGACCGUGGGCCCCGGCGCGCAUGGAAUCAUCCACAAUCUGUCGAAAGACUUGACACUCCCGAGGACGACUAUUCUGAAUAUGACAGGUGCUGGUUCUAAUAGAUCCCGGACGGAGAAGCAAGACGGGUUUGCUGUGGUUGGUAUGUCUGUUAAUUUCCCCCUCGGUGCAACCAAGGAAGAAUUCUGGAACACGCUCGAAAGCGGCCUGAACUCAGUGGAGGAGAUCCCCACCACCCGGUUCAAGGUUGAGCAAUAUUCCCCUUCUGGGAGUGGAAAUCAGGCUGGCAAUUCUCGACAUAUGCCGACGCGGCAUGGAAACUUCUUGUCAGACCCUCAUGCGUUUGACCAUCAGUUUUUCAAUAUAUCUCCCCGGGAGGCAAAAUCCAUGGAUCCUCAGCAAAAGCUUCUCUUACAGGGAGCGCUGCGAGCACUGGAUGAUGCUGGAUACGUCCCGAAUGCCACUCCUUCUUUCCAGACUGACACCAUGGGUUGCUAUAUUGGAGUUGCAACGGAUGACUAUGUCCAAAAUCUCAUGAACGAUAUCGAUGUCUACUCCUCCACAGGUACCCUACGGGCAUUCCUCAGCGGUAAGAUAUCCUAUGCCUUUGGCUGGAGUGGUCCUUCUCUGGUCACCGAUACCGCAUGCUCAUCGUCUCUGGUGUCCAUCGCGCUGGCCUGUCGAGCCCUGGCGAAUGGGGACUGCUCAGCAGCCCUUGUGGGUGGUGUGAACGCCAUCACCAGCCCAGAUAUGUAUAUGAAACUCUCUCGCGCCCACUUUCUCAGCCCUACUGGCCAGUGUAAGCCAUUCGAUGCCACCGCCGAUGGAUACUGCCGUGCUGAAGGGUGUGGGCUUUUUGUGAUAAAACCACUUGCAGACGCCGUUCAUGAGAAUGACCGCAUUCACGGAGUGAUCAGAGGCGUUGAGCUGAACCAGAGUGGAAAUGCCCAUUCAAUCACGCAUCCCCAUGUGGACACCCAGGAAAGGCUGAUGCAGAAGUUGCUGCGAAAAACCAAGCUUGACGCGAGAUCAGUAAAUGUGGUAGAGGCCCAUGGCACGGGAACCCAGGCUGGAGAUGCAACAGAGGCGUCAAGUAUUCAACGGGUCUUUGGAAUUACUACUGCAUCGCGGCCAGUGUUCCUGACAUCUGUAAAAGCCAAUAUUGGACAUGCAGAGGCGGCGUCCGGUGCGGCUGGCCUGGCAAAACUUCUGCUGAUGUUGCAGAAGAAGCGAAUCCCAGCUCAAGUGGGACUGAAAUAUCUCAAUCCAAAGUUGACGGCAUUGGCAUCGAACAACAUCCGGAUCACUACCGUUGGCCAGGAUUGGCCCACGGGGCAAGAUGGUGAGGUACGACGGGCCUUGUUGAAUAACUUCGGUGCUGCAGGAUCCAAUGCUGCCCUCAUCUUGGAAGAAUAUUCGAGCGCUCUGGCCGUGAAGUUGCCGUCGCGGACGGCAUAUAACUUGAUCGUCUCGGCCAAGACCGAGGGCGCUCUUCAGGUGAUUCUCCAUGCUCUGCGCGAAAUGCUUCUUUCUGGGUCGAACAUUCCAAUCCGAAAUCUUUGCUAUACCCUCACAGCCCGAAGGCAAGUAUAUGACUAUCGAGUUUCGCUGGUUUGUAAGAGCACCAGCCAUUUGCUGGAACAACUAGCAAACCCUCCCGGGGUGACAUGCUGCAAAUCCAACCUGAAACCUCGGGUCAUUUUCGUCUUUUCCGGCCAGGGCAGCUUCUACGUGGGCAUGGGCAAGGUACUUCUGUCAACAUCGCCCGUAUUUCAGCAAACCGUCCAGCAGUGUGAUCUUAUACUCCAGAAUCUCGACUAUCCUGAGAUCAUGCCAAUCAUCCGUGGUACACAGGUGCCUCGGCCAGGAAAAGAACAUCUUGUCCUGUCCCAAGUUGCUUGCUUUGUCGUCGAAUAUGCGCUGGCGUAUCUAUGGUUGUCCUGGGAUGUGCAGCCAGAGUUGCUCAUUGGCCAUAGCUUAGGAGACUACGUCGCAAUGGCUAUCAGUGGUGUCCUUUCCCUAAAGGACGCACUAUGGCUUGUUUCACACCGAGCGCAAUUAAUGGCGGACAAUUGUCAGGUCGACGAAACAACCAUGUUGGCGUGUCAGAAGUCGGCCUCGGACCUGACAGAUGUUCUCAAGUCACAAGGCCCAGGGCUGUCACAUAUCACUCUUUCCUGCGAAAACACUGCACAUGAUUCGGUGGUUUCUGGCCCUCGAGAUGAGAUCCGUACACUGUCGGACCUGUUAAGUGCACAAGGUACUCGCUGCACGGAGCUAAAUGUGUCGCUGGGCUUUCAUUCCCCGGCAUUGGACCCUAUCAUCGAGCCACUGGAAAGGUUUUGCAGGGGCUUGCAGUUUUCAGAGCCCAAGUACCCAAUUGGGUCGUCAUAUAACGGCCGUCUACUGACGUCCGAAGAUCUGACCAGUGAAUAUAUCCCCAAGCAGACGCGUCAUGUGGUCCAAUUCGCGGCUCUUUUGUCCUCUUUAGACCUCCAGGAUGGCAAGCGCCAUACGGCUUUUAUUGACAUUGGUGCUGCUCCAAUUACCCUCCCGAUGAUUCGAAAAGGAGUCACCUCUGACCGCAGUCUGUUCUUGCCCUCUCUGAAAAAAGACCAAGAUCCCUGGGAGACGCUGUGCGCAUCUCUCCAGACCUUGAGCUUGCAGAACGAACCAGUCAACUGGCGCCAGGUUUUCAGCGGUACUAACGCCCGAAUCAUGGACUGUCCUGAGUAUCCGCUUCAAAAUAGCACUAUCCAUAUUCCAUUCCGAGAAAUGACUUGUAACCACGAGCAGCAAAUCCCUUCAGCCACCCUGGAAAAGCCUCGGUCACUUCUGCUUCUCACGGACAAGGUCCAGGAAGAGUCGGCAGAUAGCCCAACCGUUUACAUGUCUAAAAUGGAAGUCCUCUCGAGCUACUUGCUCGGUCAUGCGGUCGCGGCCAAUUUCUUGUGCCCUGCAUCUGUCUAUCACGAAAUGGCACUGGAAGCCGGUGUUUCGGAUUCACUGGUCGGGGAGAAUGAGAUGCUUGUUGUCAAGGAUCUCUCCUUCGAACGACCCCUUCUUUAUCAGACGAAGAAUGGAGGAACGGCAGUUUAUCUGUCUGUAAAACGAGUGGGAACUGAAUGGCAUUUUGACGUUGCCUCAGGUGAUACGUCGCUGCCUGAAGCCAACGUCAAGCACUGCUCUGGAUUACUGUUACCCGUCCCUCUGUCUGAGACUCGGAGGUAUCUGACUCGCAAAGCGGCUUACAUGAAGCGGCAAAUCCAUCACCUACAGGGAAGUCAUACCGUCAAGAAUGUCUUCCAUACAAAGGCUAUCUACAACGUGAUCUUCUCUCGCGUGGUACAAUAUUCGCCAGAGUACCAUUCCCUGGAACGGCUCACCGUCGCCGAGGAUGCUUUGGAGGCAUUCGGGGCGUUCAAGGUGCCAGGGGAAUCUAUCAAGGCCCGCGGAGUGCUGUCUCCGGUCUUUGUCGAUACGCUACUGCAUGCCGCAGGCUUUGUCGCCAACAGCCACAUCCCACUUUCUGAUGUCUGCAUCUGUGUGCGAGUGGAGAAUGUUCGCAUCCUUUACCAGGAUCUGGAUCAAUCCCAGCGGUAUUCUUUAUAUUGCAGUUUGCUGGACGGUCAGGAUGGCACCUUAGUUGGAGAGGCUUUUGCCAUGACAGAGGCAGGCAUUGUUGUUGCUUGCGUCGAAGGGAUGCACUUUAAACAAGUCAAGCUGAAGACCCUCCAUAAUCAUCUUUCCCGGCAGAGUCAACGCCACCCCAGUGCCAGCCCGAGUGCUGCUCCGAGUCAGAUGACCAAUCCCGUCGAUGAUCAUCAUCGACGAGCAGAGAUGUCUAUUGCCACAGCGCGGCAAACAGUGAUGGACUUGGUUUCUGCGACAUGCGGCAGGCCAGUGCACUCCAUCACACAAGAUUGCAAACUGUCUUCUCUUGGGGUAGACUCGUUAAUGAAGAUUGAGCUGUGUGCCUCCCUGAGCAGCCAUUUUGCAAACGGUCUCUCGUUGAGCUCUGCAGAAUUGGACGAAGAUGCAAGCGUUCGGGAACUUCAAGAUUUUGUGGCUGCGCGUAUGCUGCCACCAUCAGACCAUGGCCAAAUCAGAGAUGCUGUCGGUGUGCAGAGCCCAGAUGUGCAACACAAGGUGUUCCCCAGUCAGGAAUCGUCAGGGCAUGCAUCCAGUAACUCGGAAUUACAACUAGCAACUGAGUAUUUGAGCGAUAGCUCUUCUCAGUCGGCGGGACUCGAAAGGCUGGUAAAAAUAUUCAGCGAUGUCUGUGGAAUUCCAGAGAGCGAGAUCAAUCACGACAUGACACUGGCAAACCUCGGGCUGGAUUCCAUGAUGGCUAUUGAAGCCCGGGAGUUCCUGGAACACGAAUUUGGCAAAGGUAUUUCUUCGGAGGAUCUCGAUGCAGAGCUUCGUGUCAGUGAUCUUGCAGUUAGACUGUCUUCCACCCCCGACGGGCAACUUUCACCCUCCACAGCUACAUCGGGAUCGCUGUUCCCUCCUCUUGAGGGAGUACAGGAAAAUCUACCAGAUCCCGUCCUCACUAUGCUUCAGGCUGGCUCUCCAAAACUUCCCACGUUGGUCCUCUUCCAUGAUGGAAGCGGCACUAUUGAGAGCUACAGAAGACUCGGCAAGAUAGGUUGCAAUAUCAUGGGCGUUGCAAACCCGCCACUGAAGGGCUCCUCCCACUGGGCAGCAGAUCUCAAAGAUAUGGCCCGCCGAUACGCAUCGACCAUCAAAGCGUCUGCGAUCAGUCCGAUUAUCCUUGGAGGUAUACCCAUCCUUGUUUCUGUUUUGUUCCCCUUGAAACCUCUAGAUAUAAUCAUCAUGCUAACUUGUGUGUGGCAACUAGGAUGGUCAUUCGGAGGCGUUGUGGCCCAUGAGGUAGCCCAGCAGCUCAAAUCUCAAGACUACGAUACUCUUGGAAUCAUUUUGAUUGACUCCCCAUGCCCUCUCAAUCAUGAGCCGCUUCCCAGUGCGGUUGUUAAUCUCAUUCUGCAUCCAGUACAUGCUACAUCACCCAGGAUUACUGAGCAGUUUGCCCACCAUGCGCGGUUCCUCGCCGACUACCGUCCUAGUGGCUCUAUUCCAGAGGAUAGACUCUACGGAAUGUUACACAGUCAAGAUUGUUUAGACACCACACGUCUGUGCGGUGUAAAAUACCCUUGGCUCGAGGAUGCGAAUGCGAGAAUCGAAUCGCUCUCCAAUUGGCAAAGUGUUAUCGGUCAAGAACUCCUUGUUUUCGAUAUACCGGGUAAUCACUUCGAGCCCUUCAAACCUGCAAAUGUGAGUCACAGGGCCCGGAGGAAAGAAACUGAUUUCUAUCGUCUUUAG